AUGACUGCAACAAACGCCCCUACUACCAGUACUGCUCUCUAUGCCAAUGCAGAGGGUAAACCUGUUGUUACCAGACUCCCGAUGCCAGCACUUCGUGACGAUGAGAUCCUCAUCAAGGUCAUGUACGCAGGCGUCAACCCGUCCGACUUCAGAGUGUUGAAGUUCUUCGACUGCCGACGGCGCGUGAUGGGUCAUGAGUUCUGUGGCAAGGUGCUCGAGAGCCCUGGCCUGGCAAAAUCACCUUUCAAGGCAGGCGACAUCGUUGCCGGCUACGUAAACGGCUCCAACGACCGCCCCGAGCGCUUCGGCACGCAACAGGAAUACAUAUCUAUCCCACCUGCGUGGGCCUUCGAGGUUCCCGAUAACGUACCUCACCCUAAUGUUGCUGGUCUCCCCGUUGUAGUCCAGACUGCCAAUGAUGCAAUUUUCAAUCGGUUCAAGCUACCCCUCCCGCAAGAUGCCAAAGGUCCCAUCGAGGGAACGAUGGUGAUCUGGGCCGGUGCCACAUGCGUCGGCAUGUCUGCGAUCCAGCUUGCGCGCGCCAGCGGCGUCACCUCCAUCAUCGUCACAGCGUCGCCUAAGCGACACGAAUUUCUCAAGAAGCUGGGUGCGACCCACUGCUUUGACUAUAGCGACGAGAGCACCCCGGCUCGCAUUAAGGCAUUAGUGGAAAGCGCCGGCGAUGUGCCUGUCUGGGGAUUCGACGCACUCGGAACUAUGACUACGCCCAGUCCACAGACGCUCCUCGCUAGUUCUUUGCCCAGGAGCGACCGAGUUAAACUCGUAACCGUACUCUUAAUGCCAGAGGAAGGCUUCGAGCCUUGUAUCGGGGCUCGGCAUUACCAGACUUCGUUUGACCUGCCAAACGGGGAUAAGGUUGAUAUACCCCCCAACAUGGAAGCGGCGGACAGAAUGUGGAAGGCUCUCGGCUGGGUGAUGGAUCAUUAUGGCAAAGAGUUCCAAGAGAUCCCCGUUGAAGUGUUCAAGGGAACAGCUGAGGACGCGCUGAAAGAGGUUGAAAAGGUCGAGUCUACUGGAAGAUUUGGAAAGUUAGUGUUGACGCUGCCAUGGGUUACUAAAGAGUAA